ACGAAAUUCACUAAAAAAAUGUUUUGCUCCAUUAAAGGAUAAAAAGGAAGAAUUAGAAAAGGAGAUUAGUUUGGUGGAAGCAAGAGGUGAGGUCAUUACAGAUGAUUUAAAAUCUGAAUACUCUUCAGUUUUCUUCAAUGUCGCUUGUCUAGACGCCUAA